CAGUGGAAGCUGAUAAAAGCAUUUCCUCCCAGGUGACGCUGUAGGUUCUGAUUAGCAGCGCGGGCAGGAUGGACUUACGCCCGUUCAUUUGGUCGAUUGUUCUGGCAAGUCUGAGAAUUUCCACAGGUCAAAUUUUAGAAUGCCGUAAUGGCCAGUGGCAGUGUGAUGAUGGAAGAUGUAUCCCUGCUAUCUGGAGAUGUGAUGGAGGUGGCGACUGUCUGGAUGGAUCUGAUGAAACGGAUUGCGGUGCACUUCCAGGCUCUCCUGAAUGCCCGCCGGGUCAGUUUCCUUGUGUUGACUCUGUCGGGUGUGUUGAUGCGUCAGCCCGCUGUGACGGACAACACCAGUGUCCAACCGGGUCUGAUGAGGAGAACUGUCCAGCUACAGAGGGCUGUUUGGUUUCUGACUGGAUCUGUCGAAACCACAUCUGUAUCCCCAUAGAGCUGCGCUGCAAUGGACUGAAUGACUGCCUGGACAACUCUGAUGAAGAGGACUGUGGUUCAUGUGAUGAGAACGGCAUACGGUGUCCUGAUGGGACGUGUCUGAGUGCUGAAGGGAGGUGUGAUGGGACGAGUCACUGCUCUGAUGGUAGUGAUGAGCCCAUAACCUGCGGUCGUCUUUGCUCCAUAAACAAUGGCGGCUGUAGCCAUGUGUGUGUCGAUGAAUCCUGGGGAGCUCUGUGUGCCUGUCCUGUUGGAUAUAAGCUCGCUCCCAAUGGUGCAGUCUGCGAAGAUUUGGAUGAAUGUGCCCCACCCUUUGCCCCUUGUAUGCAUCACUGCACUAACGUUGUCGGAUCCUACUAUUGCCACUGCAGAGAAGGCUUCAAACUGAGUGGAGGCUACACAUGUCUGGCUACAGGUAAUGCUACCAGAUUACUAACUGUGCAGAGGAGCUCUAUCGGCCUAUUGAAUGUGAAGUCUCAACAGUUUGAAGUUAUCCACACUCCAGUGUCUGACCCAGUGGCCUUGACUUUUGAUGUUGUCCGAGGCUGGUUCUUCUGGGCUGACAACCAUGGCAGCAUUUACAAAAGCAAUGGAGAGCACAGCUGGACAAUCUAUAUUGGGGAGCCUGGAAUCAAGGGUCUAGCCUGUGAUUGGCUGAAUGGAAACCUGUUCUGGACCAAUCAGAAGUCAAUCUACAUGCAAGCAGCGGAUGAGACAAGUUACACUACUCUGAUGAGCAAAAACAUCAGUCCAUUAGAGUUGGUGCUUUUACCUGUGGAGAGCAUGAUGUUCUGGAUCAAUGUCGGCCACGGUGACAGAGUGACGAUAGAGAAGUCAUGGAUGGAUGGAUCAGAAAGAAGUACUCUGGCUGUGCUCACUGCUCAGUCGCCCCACAGCCUCACUGCUGAUGUGGCUGCCAGGAGGCUAUACUGGAUCAGCGACUUCAAGAAGUCUAUAGAGACGGUGAAGGUGAACGGGAUUGGCCGGCAUUCCUUCACCGCACUGUUCAACAGGGGACUGCCUCGCAGCCUUGCUGUGUUUGAAAGUUUGUUCUACUGGGUGGAUGACGAAGGACUGUGGCAGGUUCCACAGAACCAACCAAACCCGAAGCGAUUUCUCUUAAAAGCUACACUGCCAAUAUUAACCGUUUACCAUGAGCUACAGCAGCCUCAAGGUUCUUCUGCAUGUGGAAAGACUCGAUGUCACCUCUGCCAGCUAACUAAAGGCAACCCUGUCGGCUUCACCUGUGCUUGUCCAAACUCCGAAGUGCUGUUGUUUGAUGGGACAUGUCGAUAUCCCAGGUUUAUAUAUGCUACCAUCACCAACCUCAACCUUCUGGAGUUAAGAGGCAAAAGGGCCACUAAAACCCAGCUGUUUACCACUGACGACGGCAUCCUGUCAUUUGAUCUGGACUGGUACAGAGACUGGCUAUACUGGGCUAACCAAACUGGCCAUAUCCAGCGCACCAGUCUUAACCAGGUCAAGACUGAGUUGGUACCAACACCUUUGCCAGUUUGUCUGAUAAAAGUAGACCAGAGGAGAGGGAACCUUUAUUGGGUCUCAUGCGACCAAAACAGCAUCGGCACCACCACAGCCAACGAUCAGUACUCCCAUCAGCUGUACCAAACAACAAACAAGAUUCGAGACCUGCAUCUGGAUUGGCUGAGGGGUGGCAUCCUCUGGCUGGAGGAAGACAUAUUUCUCACCAUGAGCAUGAUGGGAAGCAAAGCCAAAGAGCUAAUGCACUUGCCAGCAGGAGGAGUCAGGGGAAACAUCGCUUUCGACCUCCGGGCUAAUAGUCUGCUCUGGAACUCGGAAAGGACAGGUUUGACAACGAUGAGUUUGCGGCAGGAAAGAAGCCACCAAGCUGGCCGAAGAUGGAACAUUUCAGGCUCAGUCGUAGCUGCCAUUGAGCCCUUUCUGUUGUCCCUCUCUGAUGAUGUCAUGACUCUUUGGGACCGGCGUGAUGGGAGCCCCAUCCAGGACUUGACAGUGACGGGUCAUGUGUUCAGUGUAAUCGCUGCACUCGGGGAUGUCCGCACAGUGCCAGGCACUCCAGUCUGCAGUGAACCCUCUGUGCUAUGCCGACGCACAUCAGUCUGCCUCUCACAAGCCCAGCUAUGCGAUGGUAAAAAGGACUGCCCUGAUGGAGAUGAUGAGGAUUUUUGUGUAACCACAUGUCCAUCUAAAGAGGAUUUCAAGUGCAAGGACCGUAGGAGUUGUAUCUCCAGAAAUCUCGUUUGUGACGGCCGUCCUCAUUGCAAGGAUGGCUCAGAUGAAGUCGACUGUUUGAGUAUAGCUUCACCUGCAGCUCGAACAAACGUCCUGAAGUGUCGCAUGGGCUCAAAACCGUGUAAAGAUGGUACAGCGUGUGUUUUAUACAGCCAUGUGUGUGAUGGGGAAACGGACUGUCGGGAUGGAUCAGAUGAACAGGGAUGUGAUGCCGAAAAGACCAUGACAACAUCAAAACCAAAUAUUUAUCCAUUAAACGACAUGCGUGCUACAAACCCUCCUGCUCCGACUGUGCCGGCCUGCACCACCCCCUCUGUGUUCUGUCCCCGUUCUGCUACUCACCUCUGCAUUACUCCGAGCCAGUUUUGCGACGGGCGUAAAGACUGUCCUGAUGGCUUUGAUGAAGAGAACUGCGUGACAAAAUGUCCCUCUAAAAACGACUUCCGCUGCAAAGACCGUCGACACUGUAUCUCAAAGAGCCUGGUUUGUGAUGGUCGCUAUCACUGCCACGAUGGCUCAGAUGAGGUUGACUGUACGAGCGUAGCUCUGCCAGCAGCUCGAGCAAACGUCCUGAAGUGUCGCCUAGGUUCCAGACUGUGUCGAGAUGGCACUGAAUGUGUUCUCUUCCGUCACGUUUGUGAUGGCGAGAGAGACUGCCUGGAUGGAUCAGAUGAAGUAGGAUGUGAUGCUGCAAAGAUUGCCCCUACCACUGUUACAGAAAAUGUCCACUUAGAUGAAUCCACUUUACCUGUCACACCCUUUACUGAGUCUCUCACCAAACCAUCCUGCACCAGUCCUUCAUUUCAGUGUCCAGGUUCUAAUUUAUGCAUCAACCCAACACUGCUUUGUGAUGGAAAGGGAGACUGCCCCGAUGGAUCUGAUGAGAACUGCGUAGAAAGAUGCCCUUAUAAAACGGACUUCCGCUGCAAAGACCGUCGAAGCUGCGUCUCAAAGACCCUGGUUUGUGACGGUCGCUAUCAUUGCCACGAUGGCUCAGAUGAGGUCGACUGUCUGAGUAUAGCUUCACCUGCAGCUCGAACAAACGUCCUGUGUCGCAUGGGCUCAAAACCAUGUAUCGAUGGAAAAGAGUGCGUUUUAUUCAGCCACGUGUGUGAUGGAGAGAAUGACUGUAUGGAUGGAUCUGAUGAACAGGGAUGCUCAGAAACCUGCAAAAAAGGUGAGUUUCAGUGCUCCCACGGGAAAAUGUGCAUCCCUGAGGCUGAGGUGUGUGAUGGCAAGUCGCAGUGUCGAGACCAGUCUGAUGAACUGGACUGCUGGGAACAAACAAAGAGCUGCGAGCAUCGCUGCAUUGAUGGCAAUCGCUGCAUCCCAAUGAAAUUCCUGUGCGAUGGAGAGAAAGACUGCCUGAAUGGCACGGAUGAGGUGGGCUGCGACACGGUUACUGCUGCAACAACUGAGUCUCCUGUUCGCACUCCUGUAUCGACUUGCAUCACUCCUUCAGUUCUCUGUCCAGGUUCAUCACUGUGUAUCUCUGAAAAUCAGCUGUGUGACGGACAAAGAGACUGCCCUGAUGGAUUUGAUGAAAAUAACUGUAUAGCCCAAUGCAAAAACCCAGACGAUUUCUUAUGCAGCGACCGGAGGUUAUGCGUCCCCAAGAUGGAAGUGUGUGACGGUCGUGCCCACUGUCCCGACGGCUCAGAUGAGACGCAGUGUCAAUCAGCAGAUCCUGCUGCUCCCCCCUCCAGCAAUGUGCCCAGUGCCAGAUCAGCCCCACUGAGGUGCCACAAAGGUUUCAAGCCAUGUAAAGAUGGCCUGGAGUGUGUUAUGUACAACCAUCUGUGUGAUGGAGAGAGGGACUGCCAAGAUGGAUCAGAUGAAGAGGGAUGCUCCGCUCAGUGCAAAGCAGAUGAGUUUCAGUGUAAUCACGGGAAUAGAUGCAUCCCACCGGAGAAGGUGUGUGACGGACAGUACGACUGUCAAGACCGAUCCGAUGAAAUGGACUGUUCAAGGCUAAUUGAGGGCUGCCAUCAGCGCUGUGAUAACAACACUCGCUGUAUACCAGAGACCUUCCUGUGUGAUGGCGAGAGAGACUGCGCCGAUGGGUCGGAUGAAGAAAAGUGUGGUUUGGUGGCCUGUGCGAUUAACCAGUACCGCUGUCUUAGCGGUCAGUGUGUGUCUGAGGCCAUGAGAUGUGAUGGAUAUGCUGACUGUAGUGACCACUCUGAUGAGGUGCAUUGCACAAGACCCCCACGCUGCCCAACACAGCUCCAAUGCCCAAACAGCCACGUGUGCCUGCAGAAAGAGUGGCUCUGUGACGGCGAAGACGACUGCAAAGACGGGUCGGACGAGAAAAACUGCAUGUCAUCAACUGCGAAGUGCAGGGAAUACCAGUGGCAGUGUGGAGACAGCAGUCAAUGCAUCCCUCUGUCAUGGAGGUGUGACGGGAAGAGGGACUGCCACAACGGGAUGGACGAGGGCAAAUGCAGCCAGAGAAAAUGCCCCUCUCAGCUUUACCAGUGUGGCAGCGGAGAGUGUGUGGACCCUCGCCUGGUGUGUAACGGCUUCACCAACUGUGCCGAUAGUUCAGAUGAGGGCGCGGGAUGUGCUCGACGCAACUGCUCCAGCCCAUCAGCUCCUCGGUGUGACCACCACUGUGUCAGCACCCCAAACGAAGCCAGGUGUUACUGUGCUGAAGGUUUUACACUAAAGUCCAGUGGUGUGUCUUGUGUGGACAUUGACGAGUGCAAUGCAGUGCCACAUGACGUAUGCAAACACACCUGCCUGAACAGCUAUGGGUCCUACGUCUGUCAAUGCCUUCCUGGCUUCUACCUGGAGCCUGACAAAAAAAGCUGCAAGACCAAAGAUGAGCCUUUGCUUCUGGCGUCAGUGCAGUCAGAGCUUUUACUACUGGGAGUCCAUAGUGGCACCUUGCGUCUUCUGUCCUCUGCCAAUCGACCAGUCUUCUCGCUUGAUUAUCACUGGGCUCAACAGAGAGUUUACUGGCUGAGCCCCGACUACCAGAGCAUCCGCUGGGCUGACAUGAAAAACUCAGACAACAAAGGGACACUCAUCAAAGGAGUGAAGUCGGAUUUCAUUGCGGUGGACUGGAUUGGUAAGAACCUGUACUGGGUGGAUGGACUGGUGGGCCAGAUUCUGACUGUGAAGCUCAGCGACAACACAGUGAGAUCUCAGGACUACACUGUGGUCCUGGGUGAAGAUCUGGAGCAGCCAAGCUCAUUGGUUCUGCUGCCACACAUUGGGAUGAUGCUUUGGUCGGAGAUCGGCAGCACCCCUCAGAUCGAGCAGUCUGGGAUGGACGGUUCAAAGAGGAAGGUGGUGGUAAGCAGAGGCCUGAGCUGGCCAGUCAGUCUGUCCUAUGAUCUCCUGGAUAACAGGGUGUACUGGGCCGAUGAGAAGCUGCACUGCAUUGGCUCGGUCUCUCUGGACGGCGACAAUGUUAAGAUCCUCCAGUUAGCCGAAACCCCAAGCCCUUUCUCUGUGGCAGUCUUCAAUGACAGAGUCUUCUGGUCUGACACUAAAAGGAGAACGAUCCGCUCUGCUGACAAGAACACCGGCAAAGACCAAAAGGUUCUUCUCAAGAGACCAGGGCAGCCAUUUGGACUGAAACUGAUGCAUACCCUUUCCCAGCCAGCCAUAUCCAGUCCCUGUGACCAGCUACACUGCUCCCACCUCUGCCUCUUGGCCCCUGCGAUGAGAAGCAAGUCUGGAGCACUGGGGUCUCCGGGAGCUCCAGCUGUGAGGGGGCCUACGGCAGUUUGCCGAUGCCCAAAGGGUCUGCUUCUUUCCAAGGACAAGAUUACCUGCUCUCUGCCUGUGGAUUCAACGUUCAUCCUGCUUUUGUCUCGUACCACAGUCUAUCAGAUUCACUUGUACUCCAUGCGUCAUGCUGGUGUUGCUCUAAAGAAAAUGCCAGACAGUCGAGCUUUAGCCCUGCCCGGGGUAACUGAGGCGUCGGGACUGGACGUGUCCAUCCAGGGGCUUUCUCUGUAUGUGGCUGAUGCAGGACAAGGAUCUGUGGAUGUGCUGGAACUGAGCAGCUCCAGGUUGAGACAGGGACUUAUACCUUCUGGACAAAUCCUAAAGCUCGGGGAUGAUUUAGUCACGGCUCUGGCAGUUGACUGGGUGACUUCCAGCCUCUACUGGAGCAGCAUCGCAAGGCCUGAUCUCCAUGUGACGUCCCGCCGUGAUGGCUACACCACCUCACUGCUGCAGGGAUCACUGAAGGGCACUACAUCCAUUGCACUGCAUCCCCCCUCUGGACAACUUUGCUACACAGCAGAAGUCAUGGCAGGAGGGAAGAACCAGAUAGAGGUGAACUGCGCCUGGAUGGAUGGCCGUAACAAAGUAGUGCUGUGGAGGAAGUCGAGCAUCCCCACCUCGCUGGUCUUUUCCAAUCAAGGAACCAUGAUAUACUGGGCUGACACAGGUGAAGGUGUUAUCAGCUCUAUUUCAGUGGAUGGAACAGGAUAUAAACAGUACAACACAGGGCCAGGUCUGCUAAUCUCCUUCACACAUACUGAGAACAUCCUCCUCUGGGUCACCCUGGACAAUGAUGUAACCAAACUGUGGUUCAGUGAUGGUCUCCAGCCUAACCAGCUGUGGUUUGAGACAAAAACCAGCGUGGUGGAAGUCAAAGCCUACAGCAACGACAGUCAGUCUGGAACUAAUAGCUGCUCCAACAACAACGGUGGAUGUGUCCAUUUGUGCCUGCCCUAUCCAGGAGGUCGCACGUGUAAAUGUGGCAGGGGUUUCUACGCCGUCGAUGCCACCUCCUGUGCCCCGUUCUCAAACUGUCCCACUGGGGAAGAAUCCUGCUUUGACGGUAGCAAGUGUAUCAGCAGCAGCAAAUUCUGUGACGGACACAUUGACUGUCCAGACCAGUCAGAUGAACAGGACUGUCCAAACCCAAACUCUGCAUCUUUUGGCACCAAAUCUAGUAAUGGCCGCCCUCCCCAGUCUUCAUCAAACGCCGAAAAGAACUCUGUUCUUUCAGUUAAAGACUCUACAUCCUGUGAUCUCCAACACUGCAACGGUCAUGGCAACUGCAUCACAGAAGGCAAAGUCACUCACUGCCAGUGCAUGGCUGGUUACAAGGGAGAGUUCUGUCAAGAUACAGAAACUGGAAAAAGCCACGUGGCUGUGAUCCUGGGUGUCCUCUGCCUCAUUGCUGCAUUGAUGUCUGCUGCUUUUAUUUUCGCUAAAAGGAGAUCCUGGGUGCCCAUCAGAAGCAGAUCGACUGAGAAAGAUACUCUGAUGGCCAACAUGGGCCUGCCAUUUGAACGCUACGAUUCAGACUCGGAGGAGCUCGAGUCCCCAGUAGACGUGAAGAACCCACCGCUAUCGUUAAAGGUUGGUUUCAUGACAACUCUGAAGGCUGCAGACACCACGAGUAAUGUGUGCAGAUGCAUGUCUGUGCUGCUGAUUUUAAACAUGCUAAUGGAGAUGGUCUUUUGAUGCAAUAAAAAUGAGAGAAAUGAACCAAAAA